AUGCACAACCUCUUUCUAGGUACGUCAAAGAAAAUGUUCCAGCUGUGGAAUGAUUUGAAAUUAUUUUCCACAGGCCAGCUCAAAGAAAUUGAAGAGAGGAUAAAGUCCAUAGAGGUUCCCAGUGAUAUCGGUCCACUGCCUAUGCGAAUAUCCAGCAAUUCCGGUUCGUACAGGGCAGAACAAUGGAAAAAUUGGACACUCAUUUAUUCAAUUUACUGCCUUAUAGGUAUUUUACCAGACGAGCAUUUAAAAUGCUGGCAAACGUUUGUGCUAGCAUGCAAAUACCUAUGCCAAUUUGUGAUUUCUGGAACUGACUUGGACAUAGCUGACGGGUUAAUACUCAAGUUGUGCAAGUCAGUAGAGACUGUACGGAAAACAUGUGAUCACACCCAAUAUGCACUUACAUAA